UUGCUAUAUCGAGCCUGCAGGAGACCGGUGCCUGAGCCACGUGCCCAUGUCAGCGUGGGAAGGGAAGGGGGCUCAGACAGCCCAACCCACCCACUCACUCCCUGCGGAGGAGCCGCGACCUGCUUCAGAGGGUGUGAAGCCUUCCUAUUGGAACCUCGGUGCUGGGACGGUGGGACUCAGAGCAGGGUCUUGGGAUGUGUCCUCAGGCACUGAGGAGGGGGAUCACAACUACAUCGGUGUCCUGGUGCAUGUUGGGAGAAGCUCUCUAGACGCCAGGUCCACGCUCAUGGCUGAUGAUGUCAGGUACUAACAACGUCGCCCAGGCCCGGAAGCUGGUGGAGCAGUUGCGCAUCGAAGCUGGGAUCGAACGCAUCAAGGUCUCCAAGGCCUCGUCAGAACUGAUGAGCUACUGUGAGCAACAUGCCCGGAAUGACCCCUUGCUGGUUGGUGUACCAGCCUCUGAAAAUCCAUUCAAAGACAAAAAGCCUUGCAUAAUUCUCUAGUUCUCUCUCUCUUCCUCCCUCCUUCCUCUCCCUCUCUUUCUUCCCACUCCAAAGGUAUUGCCCAGUUUUUCCUGUAAGAAAAAAAAAUAUUUGAAUCCCUUCUACUUUGAAUUUUAAAGGAACAGAAACCAUUGUGAAUGCCUGGA